GGCGGCGGAGCGGCCAUGCCGUGGUUGAGCGGCGGGCGGCGGCGGCGGCAGCAGCAGCAAGCGGCGGCGGGACAGGGCGGCGGGCCGGCGGCGGGCGGACAGCGGGGCCGGGAGAGCUCGGAGCUGCCGCUGCCCGCCGGCUGGGAGGAAGCGAGGGACUUUGACGGGCGAGUCUUUUACAUCGACCACAACACCCGGCAGACCUCGUGGAUCGACCCCCGGGACAGGAUUACAAAGCCAUUGACGUUUGCUGACUGUGUUGGUGAUGAGCUUCCUCUAGGAUGGGAAACUGUUUAUGAUCAACAGAUUGGAGUUUAUUAUAUGGACCACAUAAAUCAGCUCACACAAAUUGAGGACCCAAGGGAACAAUGGAGAAGGGAGCAAGAACGCAUGCUAAAGGAAUAUUUAAUAGUUGCCCAGGAGGCACUCAAUGCCAAGAAGGAGAUUUACCAAAUAAAGCAGCAACGUUUUGAACUAGCCCAAGAAGAAUAUCAACAAUUGCACAAAAUGUGUGAGGAUGACAGCCGUUCCUAUGCCAGCUCAUUCUCUGGAUUUUCAGCUAAUACCAAGUAUGACCCAUAUCAGAUUAAAGCAGAAAUAGCCAGCCGUCGUGACAGACUCUCUAGGCUGAAACGAGAAUUGGCACAGAUGAAGCAGGAGUUGCAGUAUAAAGAAAAAGGAGUGGAAACUCUACAAGAGAUUGAUCGUAAAAUGUCGAAUGCUCAUACAAAUUACAGACUGGAUGAAGCACAAGCUAUAAUGAGUGAACUUCGAACCAUAAAGAAAGCUAUAAGCACAGGUGAAAAAGAAAGGCAGGACCUUAUGCAGAGCCUGGCCAAAUUAACAGAUGGAUUCAGGAAUAGCUGUUGCAUUACAGAUUCCCUGCAGGAUCUCCAGCACAAUUCUGGUUCACUCAGUGACUCCUGUUUACCUCAAAAACACUGCGAUGCUUGUUCUCAGACUGACAUCACUGGAGAGUUUGGGUUUGAUGACAAAACAAGACUUGUAGACAAAGUAAGGCUGAACUGGCAAUAUGAAGAGGCAAAGAAAAGAGUUUCGAAUAUACAACAGCAGCUGGCCUUGUUGGAUAAUGAAUCCUGGCCAGGAAUGGCUGAAGCGGACAGGGACCGUCUUCAGCUCAUCAAAGAGAAGGAGGCUCUUCUUCAGGAGUUGCAGCUCAUCAGUCAGCAGAGACGAUCCCCAGAAGACAUUGCACGUUUGGAGGAAGAAAAAAGACGCUUGGAGGAUGAAAUUCAGCGAGCUCGAGCGACGUCUGCUCAUGGGGCCACUGAAAGGAUACUGUUACAGGAGAAGAGAAAUUGUUUGCUUAUGCAACUAGAAGAAGCUACACGUUUAACCUCAUAUUUACACUCCCAGUUAAAAAGUCUGUCAGCUAGCACCCUCACCAUGUCCUCGGGCAGCAGCAGGGGAUCCCUGGCCUCCAGUCGAGGAUCCUUGGCCUCCAGCAGAGGCUCCCUCAGCUCAGUCAGCUUCACGGACAUCUAUGGCCUUCCCCAGUAUGACAAAUCAGACAGCGUUACAGACUACGGGCAGCAUUUGCGCUUUGACAUCAUUCCCUUUGAGUCUCUCACAAAGGAUGUGCCAUAUGCUGAUGCCAUUGGGCACUCGAAUUUCAAUAAGCAGCGGAGGUCUCUGGAUACCCCACAGUCCCUGGCAUCCCUGUCAUCACGGUCCUCCUUGUCAUCGUUGUCCCCUCCAAGCUCACCACUGGACACCCCGUUUCUCUCUGCAUCACGAGAUUCUCCUUUGGCUCAGAUGUCAGAAGGUUUUGAGGAGAUGGCAGGAAUAGGAGCCCUGGAAAUGCUCAGGGCUCAGACCACAGCCUUGGGUGAGGAUGAUGCACAAGGCUUGAGCUCAUCUCAGACAUCUGCUUACCCUCUGGACAACGAAGGGCUACGAGAAAUGGGACCACACCUGACUGCUCUCCAAACUGGUGGAGCUGUAACUCUGCGAGGAGACAGUGGUAGAAGAUCGGAGAGGAGAGCCAGGCGAGUUUCAGCAUGUCUCUCAGAUCAUUCACUGGCUAGUGACAGUGGCGUGUUUGAAGCUUUAAGCAAAAGGAAUGAAGAUCUGGAAGAACCUGUUUAUGGUGAUGUUGCCAGUAAUGAAGAACCACAAAUACAUGUUGGAUUUCUGCAUGACAAUGGAAGCGAAUGUCUGCUGGUCCAUGUAUUACAGCUGAAAAACUUUACUAGUCUAGUUGUUAAGGAAAACUGCAAAAUUCAUGUGAGAGUUUAUUUGCCACCGCUUGAGUCAGGCACACCAACCACUUACUGCUCAAGAGCUUUGGAAUUCCAAACUCCGUUAAUAUUUAAUGAAGUGUUCCAAAUCCCUGUGCACUCAAGUGUUUUGAAAUUAAAAUCACUGCAGCUGUAUAUCUGUUCAGUUGAUCAUCAGAAACAAGAGGAACUAUUGGGCAUUGCUCAGAUAAACCUGACUGAUGCAGAGAGUUCUGGUGAGAUGCAGCUUCACUGGUAUCCUGUUCAGAUCUUCACUGGUUCAGAGCCCCAGAGAGCAAAGACCAAAAACCAGUGUGAAGACAGUAUUCCUCAGUCUUCUGGAAAUGUAACUACAGUUAAAACAGAUGCAGUGACAGCCCUGUUAGCUAGAACCACUGCCCAGCUGGAAGCAGUUGAGAGAGAGCUGGCAGAAGAGAGAGUGAAACUGGAGUACACAGAGGAGGAAAUCUUGGAGAUGGAAAGAAAGGAAGAUCAGGCGGAAGCCAUAUCAGAAAGGAGUUGGCAAGCAGAAUCUGUUGACAGUGGAUGCAGUAAUUGCACCCAGACUAGUCCUCCUUAUCCAGAGCCAUUUUGUGGGGAUCCAUUAGCUGGACACAUGUUUGCAGCUCAAGCAGGCCAGUACGGUUCUGGAAAAAUGCAGCCUCCACCACUAAAGGUGGAUAAGGAAACCAACACUGAGGAUCUGUUUCCUGAAGAAGUUGCUAUUCUUCCAAAAGAGAGAACCAGCCGCAGGCCACGGGGUUCUGCUUUUGUUCGCAGUAGCACAAUUGUUCGUUCCCAGACCUUUUCACCUGGAGCACGAAGUCAGUAUGUUUGCAGACUGUAUCGCAGUGACAGUGACAGUUCAACCCUGCCAAGGAAAUCCCCUUUUGUCCGGAAUACCUUGGAGAGACGGACUCUCCGGUAUAAACAGUCCUGCAGAUCAUCUUUGGCUGAACUUAUGGCAAGGACAUCCUUAGACCUGGAGCUGGAUCUCCAGGCAUCCAGAACUCGACAGAGACAGCUGAAUGAGGAGAUAUGUGUUUUAAGGGAGUUGAGACAGCGUCUGGAAGAUGCCCAGCUCAGAGGGCAGACAGAUUUACCCCACUGGGUUGUUCGGGAUGAGAGAUUCCGAAACUUGUUGAAGGAAGCAGAAAGGCAGACCAGACAGACCAAAUUUGAACAUCACCAAGAGCAAGCAGCUGAAAAGAUGCUAAAGAAAGCAUCAAAAGAAAUAUACCAGUUGCGUGGGCAAAAUCAGAAAGAACCUAUUCAGGUGCAGACUUUUAGAGAGAAGAUAGCAUUUUUUACAAGACCAAGGAUUAACAUACCUCCUCUGCCAGCUGAUGAUGUAUGACAUGUUGCAUUGUAAACAUGAAGUAUUUAUCGCUUUUAUUUUAAUGAAGUUCUUAGAUUAGACAAGUUUCUUUAAAAAAAAUUGUGCAAAAGCUAAUAUACACGUUUUGUAAAAAAUUAAAAAAGUUAAAAAAAGUAAACAUAAACAAAAACAUAUAUAUAAAUAUAUAUACAUAUAUAUUUUAUAAUAGUGACUACAACAAGGCUUGGUUUUUCCUUGUUGUGAAACUGACAUCUCUGAAGACAACUUAUUUUAUAAAAGAUCGACUAUCCUGUUAAGAGCGUGUACAGUUUUUAUGCUGUUUUAU